AUGAGCGCCGAUGGAGUACCAGGAACGUUCGUUCGCUUGCUAGAUGACAUGAAUCAACGAACAACUGCUGCAGUUCGAACACCAGCCGGAUGUACAACACCGUUUGAAGUGGUAACUGGAGUAAGACAAGGGGCAGUGGCAAGACCUUUCCUGUUCAAUUUCGCAGUUGACGACAUUAUGCGAAGAACAGUCGGUCAAUGUCCUGGCGACACUAUCUUAGCAACAUCAGGGUCCCCCUUAACAGAUCUCGAGUAUGCCGGCGAUGUCGUUAUAUGCGUCGUCGAAGCACUACGAAGCAUCAACAUGUUGUCAACUUUGUAUCGAAGCAGCCUAUGA